AUGGUUGCAGAGCUCACAUCGCUCUCUCAGUUCAACGAUCUCAAGAAGAAGCCUCUUCUAGUCGUUGACUUUCACGCGGAAUGGUGCGGGCCUUGUAAGCAGAUUUCCCCGAUCUUCAAUGCACUAGCAACGAAGCAUGCAUCCUCGCGCGUCGUCUUUGCAAAGUGUGAUGUCGACCGCGUCCGCGAUGUUGCUCAAAUCUGUGGUAUCACGGCUAUGCCUACCUUCCAAUUCUACUGUAAUGGCAAGAAGGUGGAUGAAAUCAAGGGCGCUUCAGGACCUGCUUUGACGGCCAAAAUUGCGCAGUAU